AUGUUCCGCCGCGCACCUGGCGGGUGCUACCUGCCCCCCGAAGCGUGCGGCGGGCGCGCUCGCCCGCCCCGCAUGGUCACCUGGGCGCUGCCCCGCAGCCGCUGCGGCGGCCGGCGGAGCGCGGGGAGCGGCGCCCAGGUGCCUCUGCUCCAGUUGGCACAGGAGCUGGAGAACAUGAUGGAAGCUGAGAUAGGAGAUGAGGAAAGUGGCUACAAUGAAAAUCUGUUUUCCAUUCCUAAGCAUCAUGAAGAAGAUUUAGAAAAAGUCUUCAUUCCUCAUGGACUCAUCCUGGACAGAACGACAGAACGUUUGGCUAGAGAUAUCAUGCAAGACAUGGGAAGUCAUCACAUUGUUGCACUCUGUGUCCUUAAAGGAGGCUAUAAAUUCUUCGCUGAUUUGCUGGACCAUAUAAAAGCACUAAAUCAAAACGAUGAUAAAUCUGUGCCUGUUACCGUGGAUUUUGUCAGAAGCAACUUUCUUUUCUUUAGAAAAUUUACUCUCUCCAUAGAUAUUUUUGUUGGAGAGGAACUGUCUACACUAAAUGGGAAGAAUGUGUUAGUAGUUGAGGACAUUAUUGAGACUGGUAGAACAAUGAAAGCACUGCUUUCAAAAAUAAAAGACAAUAAACCAAGGAUGGUAAAAGUUAUAAGGUACAAGCGUUAUAAAUAA